AUGAGUACAUCAACCGCUAAACGACCUUUUGACAACAAGAGGGCCGGUUCGCCCGAUGAUGGUACGGAUAGCGAUUCUGGGGGCAACAAUUCCGGAUCGAGUCCCGCUUCCAAACGUAGGGAACGUAAGCCAGGUAGGAAGCCUUUGGAAACCGAGGCGAAGGACAAGAGGACUGCUCAGAACAGGGCUGCUCAAAGAGCGUUCCGUGAACGUAGAGAGCGCAAGAUGAAGGAAUUAGAGGAUAAAGUUAGUCAGUUGGAAUCUCUCAAUAAACAAUCGGAAUUGGAAACUAAAUUCUUGAGGAAUCAGGUCACGAAUCUAUUAUCAGAGCUAAAACGUUACAAUCCAGAACUCCCCAAGAAAAGAGAUUCUAUCCUUUUGGAUUACCUAGCCAAACAACGUAAAGCGUCCAUUGAUAGCAAUCCGGAUUUUUCUGCCGCAGCCAAUAAAGCAGCUAACAGCAAGGACAGUAGCACUGCUAUAUCGAGCUCUAAUUUCCAGUUCGAAUUCCCUUGGAAAAUGGACCCCUCGAAGAUUCCUUCUCCAUCCUCAGAUUCUACUUCUCCCUCUGCUUCCACAUCGAUUUUGGAUAAUGCUAAUAACAAGAGCGUCAGCAGUACAAAUUUGAACCAUUCUCGUUCCAGUAUUUCCAACUCUUCAUCGUCACCUUCUAACGUUAAUGGGCUGUCGUCAAGAAAACACUCAAAUACUCUAAAUUUGUACCAGACUCAGUCAAAUGUCACUUCGGAAUUCGAUUUUGAUUCGCAGUUCGAUGAAUCUGUUUCUAGUUUCUGCUCCAAACUGAGCAUGGCAUGCGGCACAAAGUCUAACCCAAUACCAAAAGCAAGCCCUGUUUCAACACCGUCCUCUUCAGACCUCCUGAAACCGAAAUCCAAUAGUAAUGUUAAUAUUACUAAUCACAACAAUAAUAAAAUUAACAGCAAGGAUCUGUCUUCCUCUGCACCUCUACAUGACUCUGCAUCCGCCUCUGCUUUGAAUAACCACGAUUCUGUAAAUGCGGUAUCCAAUCAGUUCAGUGUUGAUAAACAAUACAAUGAUAGCUCUCAUUCUCAAGCAACGCCGAAUGGUUUGGAUAACGAUUCAAGUGUUUCUGCUUGGCAACAACCUAGUUUUGGUCAACUAGGAUUCAGAACUGACCAGCUGUUUGAUCUGGACUUGGACAGUGCCUCACCAAUUACUAAACAGAAGGAUAACAACUAUAGCACAACCACUAAUAACACGAAUAGUCCGGCCAAGGCUGACGGGAUGUAUUGGAACUUCAACACCCCACUGAGCAAUAUGGUGUCGCGUAAUAUGCAAAAUCCAGAAAUACCCUUCAUUGACACAGGUCUUGCGUUCCCUGAUUAUGAUGAUCCGUUACUUGAUAUUUUGAAGGAAGAACAAGAAAAUGAACAAGUGGAAGGAGACUCAGAUCCCAUACAAGCUUUGAUUAAUGAGGAACCGUCGAUGCCUCUCUGUCAUGAUCCUGCAGCCAAUGCUGGGGCUUCGGUUUCCGAAACCGAUAAGCUGUCAAAUCAAGAAGAAAUAGUACAGGAUAUUAUUCCUUCUAAUGACGGUAAACUUUUGAAGUGUUCCGAAGUCUGGGAUCGUAUUACUGCACAUCCACGUUACUCGGACCUAGAUAUCGAUGGUCUAUGUUUGGAGCUACGGACAAAGGCUAAAUGUUCGGAAAAAGGUGUCGUUGUCAAUGCGGAGGAUGUUCAAAAGGCUUUGAUUUCGCAUAUGCAAUGA